CAACGUCACUUCCGGUCUCUUUGCGUCCUCGCAGGUUUCCAACAUGUCGGACGCCGGUGUGUUGGAGACUCUCCUCCUCCGGAUCGAGGCGGCGGACGGAGGUGUAGACAGCCUGGAAACAGCCUCUAUUCUCGGGGUGGAUCACCAGGUCCUCGUCGGAGCCGUGAAGAGUCUGCUGGCCCUCGAAGACUUGAUCUCAGCUGAGCUCCGCUCCUCGAAGCACUGGGAGCUGUCGGGGGAGGGGACAGAGAUCGCUGAGCAGGGCAGCCAUGAGGCGAGGGUCUUCAGCUCCGUCCCUCCGGAGGGUCUGCCCCAGAGCGAGCUCAUGAAACUGUCCUUUGGGAAGAUCGGCUUCAGCAAGGCCAUGUCCAACAAGUGGAUCAAAGUGGACAAGACUCACGAGGGCGGCCCGAGGAUAUUCAGGAGUGUGGAGAAUAUCGAGGACCAGGUGAGAGACAAACUGCUUCUGGUUCAGAAAGGAAACACCUCUCAGCUGGAGGAGAAGGAGAAGAACGAGCUGAAGAAGAGGAAGCUGCUCUCUGAAGUGACGGUGAAGUCGUACUGGAUCACUAAAGGCAGCUGCUUCAGCACCACCAUCACCAAGCAGGAGACAGAGCUGACUCCUGAGAUGAUCGCCAAUGGCAGCUGGAAGGAGAAGAAGUUCAAGCCGUAUAACUUCGAGGCCCUCGGCGUGGCCCCUGACUGCGGACACCUGCACCCUCUGAUGAAGGUCCGCACGCAGUUCAGACAGAUCUUCUUGGAGAUGGGCUUCACAGAGAUGCCGACCAACAACUUCAUCGAGAGUUCCUUCUGGAACUUCGACUCUCUGUUUCAGCCUCAGCAGCAUCCGGCCAGAGACGCCCACGACACCUUCUUCAUCUCCGACCCUGCUCUCGCUCAUGAGUUCCCACUGGAGUACCUGGAGAGAGUGAAGAAGAUCCACUCAGAGGGAGGAUAUGGAUCACAAGGGUAUAAAUACGACUGGAAGAUCGAGGAGGCUCAGAAGAACAUCCUCCGAACGCACACUACAGCCGUCAGCGCUCGCAUGCUGUACAAGCUGGCACAACAGGAGAAGUUCACCCCCGUGAAGUACUUCUCCAUCGACCGGGUGUUCAGGAACGAGACGUUGGACGCCACUCAUCUGGCCGAGUUCCACCAGAUCGAAGGCGUGGUGGCCGACCGCGGCCUCACGCUGGGAGACCUGAUGGGCAUCCUGCACCAGUUCUUCACCAAGCUAGGAAUCACUAAACUGCGCUUCAAGCCCGCCUACAACCCGUACACAGAGCCCAGCAUGGAAGUGUUCAGCUACCACGAAGGACUGAAGAAGUGGGUGGAGGUGGGGAACUCGGGGGUGUUCAGGCCGGAGAUGCUGCUGCCGAUGGGUCUCCCUGAGGACGUCACUGUGAUCGCCUGGGGCCUUUCUCUGGAGAGACCCACCAUGAUCAAAUACGGCAUCAACAACAUCAGAGAGCUGGUGGGACACAAGGUGAACCUGCAGAUGGUCUACGACGGGCCCAUCUGUCGCCUGGAGUCCUGAGAUCAUCGCCAUAUUUAUCAUUUACCUUGUUGACCCCGGGACAUUUUGAGGUCAACCUCGGCCAAUAAAAACAGUUGGCCUGAAAGCAAAAAAUAGUCUGUUUUUCUCCAUUCAUCAUUUAAGACGGACCUCAGGAACCUUCUAACACCCAGGAGCUGCCUUUGUAUGAACUCAGUACUCCGUGUGAGGCUAAGAACAGCUGCUUUUUCUAUUGAAAACACCCCGGUUACUACAGAGAGUUAAAUAUGUGUACAGCAUAUGAUGGAGUCGGAAGAAGGUACAAUAAAAAGCUUUUUUCCAGAAACCAUUACAA